UCAUUUUGCAACCAGAACAGCCUAAAGAGGAACUGGUGGCUUUAGGAGAACUGUUGAGUUUUUUUGUUGUUUCAGCAACUGCUGUCUGUCCCACCAGUUCAAUUUGCGCCAAGCUCGCCGGGCAUUGCUUGAGGCUGGCUUGGGGCAGAGGCUGUCUGAACCAUGAACAGCUUCAGGGGUGCCAUCCUCUUCUGGGUCGUGGCAGCAUGGGCUGACAUGGACAAGCCUCCAGGAGAGACGGACGAGACUGGAUUUCAAAAAUGCAAGAAUGCCUUGAAACUACCUGUUUUGGAAGUCUUACCUGGAGGGGGCUGGGAUAAUCUGCGGAAUGUGGACAUGGGACGAGUAAUGGACUUGACUUACACCAAAUGCAGGACCACAGAGGAUGGACAGUACAUCAUCCCCGAUGAAAUCUUCACCAUUCCCCAGAAACAGAGCAACUUGGAGAUGAACUCAGAAAUCCUGGAGUCCUGGGUGAAUUACCAGAGCAGCACCUCCUUCUCCAUCAACACAGAACUCUCCCUUUUUUCCAAAGUCAACGGCAAAUUCUCUGCGGAGUUCCAGAGGAUGAAGACCCUUCAAGUGAAGGACCAAGCUGUAACCACUCAGGUUCAGGUAAGAAACCUGAUCUACACAGUCAAAAUCAACCCAAUUUCAGAACUAAACUCAGAGUUUAAGAGUUUGCUCAUGGACAUCUCUGACCGUCUGGAGAACAACCAGACACGGAUGGCCACCUACUUGGCAGAGCUCUUGGUCCUCAACUAUGGCACCCAUGUCAUCACCAGUGUGGAUGCGGGGGCUGUCCUCCUUCAGGAGGACCACAUCCGAUCCUCCUUCCUCCAGGACAGCCAGAGCAGCCGUAGUGUUGUGACAGCCUCUGCUGGUGCUGUUUUCCUCAACAUCGUGAACUUCAAGUUAGAGGAGAACUACACCUCACAGAAUGCCUUCACCAAGAGCUACCUCUCAAACCGAACCCACUCCAGGGUGCAAAGCAUUGGAGGGGUUCCUUUUUACCCAGGCAUCACCCUCCAGACCUGGCAGCAGGGCAUCACCAACCACCUGGUGGCCAUAGACCGUGUUGGCCUGCCUCUGAAUUUCUUCAUCAACCCCGACAUGCUGCCUGACUUGCCAGGGCCCUUGGUGAAGAAGUUGUCUAAGACGGUGGACACCGCUGUGAGGCGCUACUACACGUUCAACACCUACCCUGGAUGCACAGAUCUCAACUCGCCCAACUUUAACUUUCAGGCCAACACCAAUGAUGGGUCUUGCGAGGGGAAAAUGACCAACUUCUCCUUUGGUGGGGUUUAUCAGGAAUGCACCCAGCUGUCAGGGAAGGAGGCUGUCCAGGUCUGCCAACACUUGGUGCAGAAGAAUCCACUCACUGGUGAUUUCUCCUGUCCCUCCGGCUACUCCCCCAUCCACCUCCUAACCCAGGGCCACGAGGAGGGUUACAAUGGCCUGGAGUGUGUCCGGAAGUGCACCCUCUUUGUCUUCUGCAAGACGGUGUGUGAAGAUGUGUUCCGAGUGGCAAAGGCAGAAUUUAGGGCAUUUUGGUGCGUGGCCAGUGGUCAAGUACCGGAAGACUCAGGACUGCUCUUUGGGGGCCUCUUCGGCAGUAAGAGCAUCAACCCUUUGACAAACGCCCAGUCAUGCCCCGCUGGCUAUUUUCCACUGAGACUCUUUGAAAGCCUCAAGGUAUGUGCCUCUCAGGACUAUGAGCUGGGAUAUAGGUUUUCGGUCCCCUUUGGUGGGUUCUUUAGCUGUGCAGUUGGGAAUCCCUUGGUGGAUUCUGCCAUAUCCAAAGACUUAGAGGCACCUGCUCUGAAAAAGUGUCCUGGGGGCUUCAGCCAACACCUCGCCCUCAUCAGUGAUGGGUGCCAAGUGUCCUACUGUGUCAAGUCUGGGCUCUUUACAGGUGGGUCUCUGCCCCCUGCCAGGCUCCCACCUUACACCCGGCCACCCCUCAUGAGUCAGGCUGCCACCAACACUGUCGUAGUGACGAACAUGGAGACUUCCAGCUCCUGGAUUAAAAACUCCCAGACCAACCGGUGGAGGUUGGGGGAGCCGUUGGAGCUGCGCAGGGCCAUGAAGGUCAUCCACGGGGACAGCAGCGGUCUGUCGGGAGGAGCUGCUGCUGGGGUUACCUUGGGGGUCACCACCGCCCUGGCAGUUGUCAUCGCCCUAGUGAUCUAUGGCGCCCGGAAGUACAAGAAGAGGGGAUACCGGGCCAUAGAAGAAGAGAGGCAGAGUUUGGCUCCUGGCACUGCAGAGGCAGGGGAUGUCACCCCUGACCAAGAGCAGGAGCCGUGUCUAGCCUAAAUCUCUCCCGGGAAACUGUUUCAUCUCCAGACAGAGCUCCAGGUACCUCUCUCCUUCCUUCUCUCUCCACUCUGCCUUCCUAACUACUAAAGUGGCAGGUGCAAUCCAAAGCAGGUAUAACUUCGUGACUUCUCUAGGUCUCUGGGCCGGGAAAUUAACAGAGCUACAUGGACGAGUUUGGGGUGGGGAGUUGGAGAGAAGCUGUGAUGUUCUAAGCAGAAGUCAUCCUGGGGCCUAAAACAUGAAACAGGUAUCUUUUCUCUAUGUGCACCAUUAAUAUUUCCACCGGAAUGCAUGUGUGUAAACAGAGAGGAGGGGGACUGUUGACAUCUGGAUUUGGAGAUGAUGCAGUUAGUCUGAGGUUGGCUGUGGUUCCAAUUCACAAGCUGUAAGAAUAUUUGCUUUGAAAAAAA